AGUAAGGCAGUAAUCUAGGCCUGCGUACUCGUGACGUUGAACGUUCUCGCAUUAACAAUUUUCACGCCACAAGAUCAGAAACGUCAGCUUCGCCGACCGCGUCUUGUGCCUGCAAAAGCACGAAUAAGCCACCACGACUGUUAGAGUAGUUCUUUCUGUUCUAUUUUACCGGUGUUUCUUCUCGUCCGCUUUGGACGCACCUUCUUUUUUUUUUCUCUUUCUUUUCGUUUCUUUGUUGUUGACCGCGUUUGCUCGUCUUCGCUUCCCACUAUCCGGGUUUUUCUCCCCUCCCCUUCUUUUCCCCUUAGACCAAACACCACUACACACCCGAUCAGCCGUUGGCGCUUCCGCGUGCAGCGAAGAUGAUGUACACGGGCGAGAUUGAGAACGGGCAGAUGCACGGCCGCGGCUGCCUCGUCUACCCCAACAAAGAAAAGUACGAGGGCGACUGGGUGUACGGCAAGCGCCACGGCCACGGCGUGUACACGUACGCGGAUGGCAGCAAGUAUGACGGGGAGUGGGUGGAGGACAAGGUGCAUGGCAAGGGCACGUGCUACUACGCCAGCGGCAACCGCUACACCGGCGACUGGACCUUUGGCCGCAUCAACGGCCGCGGCACCCUCGAGUACGCCGACGGCGAUCGCUACGACGGUGAGUGGAAGGACGGCCGUAUGCACGGCAAGGGCAUCUACUACUACUCGAACGGCGACCGCUACGAGGGCGAGUGGAAGGAUGACAAGCGCCACGGCAAGGGCACGGUGACCUACGCCGGCUCCGACGGCAGCGUAUCGGAGAAGUACGAGGGUGACUGGGUGGAGGGCCGCAUGCAGGGCUGGGGUAAGUACUACUACGCCGACGGCGGUGUCUACGAGGGCGAGUGGCAGGACGGCAAGAUGCACGGCAAGGGCACCUACAUCUUCCCCAACGGUAACAAGUACGAGGGCGAGUGGGUGGACGACGUGAAGCAGGGCUACGGCGUGCUCACGUACGUCAACGGCGAGCGCUACGAGGGCUACUGGCUCGACGACAAGGCGCACGGCACCGGCACCCUCACCUACCUGCAGGGCGACCGCUACACCGGCGAGUGGUACCAAGGCAAGAAGCACGGUCAGGGCACGCUGGCCUACAGCAACAAGGACACCUACGAAGGCGAGUGGCGCAACGACAGCGCGACGGGCCACGGCGUGCUCGAGUACGCGAAUGGCUGCCGCUACGAGGGCGGCUGGCUGGACGACCGCCGCCACGGCGAGGGUCAGCUGCUGCUGCCCGACGGCUCCAGCUACGAAGGCGGGUGGGUGAACGGCAAGAAGGAGGGCCGCGCUCGCAUCAUUCUCAAAUGCGGCUCCGUCUUUGUCGGCAACUGGAAGGACAACCAGAUCGUGGGCCAGGGUGAGUUCCACCUGUCCGAUAACUGCGACCUCAGCAAUCCCGACUACUGA